AUGCUCUUUAACUGGACUGCGACGCAUGGACAUAGGGAUUACACAGCGCACAUACGAAGUUGUGUUAUCUCUCACUGUAGGAGCCAACAUGACAGAGAACAUCAAACCAACAAUAACUCUACUGAUUCUGAUGUUUUGACAGCUGACAUGAGGUUGGCCAGUAUCGGGGUCCGGGCCCGGAGGGCUGCAGAGCCGUCUGAACCAGAGCCAGAGGAGGCAACAGAGCCGGUUCACCAUGAGCACUCCCAUUCAGAACACCAUGAACACUCACAUACAGAACAUCACCCCAGCCACGACUACAACCACAUGAAGGACAAGUUCAUGAAUGAGAUAACUCAUCUGCCAAUUCCUGUGUGGGCAGUAGCAGCCAUUGUGGUGGUGGUCCUGGUUUUGGUGGCAUGCUGCAUUUUCUGUCUUUUCAAGAAAUGCUUUGGGAAAAAGAAAAAGCCAAAGAAAGUGAGGGAGAGGAAGACGGGUCGCCGCAAAAAAGAAAAGGAAGGUGAAGGAGAGGCUGGAGAGAAGGAGGGGGAGGUGAAGAAGGAAGGAGAGGAAGAGGAGAAAGAACAGGAAAAGUUGGGUAGACUGGAGUUCUCGUUGGACUACAACUUCACAGAUGCUCAGCUUAUAGUUGGAAUCCUUCAGGCUCAGGACCUUGCUGCUAUGGACAUGGGGGGAACCUCAGACCCCUAUGUCAAAGUCUUUUUGUUACCGGACAAAAAGAAGAAGUACGAGACCAAAGUUCAGCGCAAGAAUUUAUGCCCUGUUUUCAACGAGACUUUCAUCUUUAAGAUCCCGUAUGCAGAGUUGGGCGGUAAGACUUUGGUGCUGCAAGUUUUUGACUUUGACCGUUUCUCCAAGCAUGACAUGAUUGGUGAGAUAAAGAUUCCCAUGAACAGCGUUGAUUUGGGCCAGCCAAUGCAACAAUGGAGAGAUGUAGAGAGUGGAGAGAAAGAGGAGCAAGAAAAACUGGGGGAUAUUUGCAUUUCUUUACGGUAUGUACCCACUGCUGGAAAACUGACUGUGAACAUCAUGGAGGCAAAGAAUCUGAAGAAAAUGGAUGUUGGUGGUUUAUCAGAUCCAUAUGUGAAGAUUGUUCUGCAGCAAAAUGGGAAACGACUGAAGAAGAAGAAGACGACAGUCAAGAAAAACACGCUCAAUCCCUACUUUAAUGAGAGUUUCAGCUUUGACGUACCCUUUGAGCAGAUACAGAAAGUACAAGUUGUCCUCACAGUGUUUGACUAUGAUAAACUGGGGAGCAACGACCCCAUUGGAAAGACCUUUAUGGGUUACGGAGCUACAGGCGUUGGCCUGCGACACUGGUCAGAUAUGCUUGCCAAUCCCAGACGUCCAGUAGCCCAGUGGCACACUCUGUUGCCAGAAGAAGAAGUUGACGCGGCAGUCAAAGCAAAACCUCGUUAGAGACACACCUUGUUUUAGAGAGACAUAAUGCUGAUGUGUUACUUAAUGUUAAUCCUAAUGUUUUUUCAAUGUGCAUGUUCUGUUUCCAUUGUGUUUCUUUUAAGAUACUUUAAUGUGUGUGUGUAUGUAUGUGUGCAUGUGUGUGCGUGUCAUGUACAGAUCAUUUUUGAUAUUUGGUUGUUAUUCUUGUUACCUUCCCCUAUUAACCUGAUUCUGUAAACCAACAUGACUUUGUAUUUGUGUACUUUGAAAAUACUUCUAUGUAAAUGUGCAUCUUUUGUGCAUGCUCAUGCACGGGCCUAGUAAAAUCUGGAUGCGUAAAGGAAGGAUAUCAGUUAUUCUGUUUUUUCUGAAAAGUCACUCUGGAAACUUGUUGACAUGUACACUGGGCCUUUUUGCUGUUCUGUAGUGAUGUGGUGCAGCAGAGUCCUGAAAAAUGCUUGUUGUAAUGGUUUGGAU